CUAAGUAAUCCUAAUCCAAAUCUUUUUUUUCCCCAUAUAUUAAUAUUACUAAUGACAAGGCUUUGGAUUGACGCCACCAAAAACACUCAAUCACACAGUACUAGACAUGGAAACAGCUGCUGCUGCUGCUUCAUGUUCAAUCCUCCUCAACAACACUAACAAUAAAUCCCCCCUAAAUCUCUACCCUUUUGUCCAUUCAAUCAAUAAUAAAAUUACAUCCCAACCCUUUUCUUCUUCUUCUUCUUCUUCUUCUUUGGGUUCAAUCUCAACAAAAUUGAAUUACAGUCCCAUCAAAUCUCAAUCAAGAAUUUCAGCUCUCAGUUCAGAUUCUAACAAUGAUGAUGAAAACCCAUCUCCUGAAUUUGCUAUUCUCCUUGAAGUUGAAGGGGUUCUUAUGGAUGUAUAUCGUGUUGGCAAUCGUGAAGCUUUCAAUUUAGCAUUUUCAAAGAGAGGAUUGGAUUGUGCAAAUUGGACUGAACCAAUUUAUUUAGAUCUUGUGAGGAAGACUGGUGGAGAUGAGGAACGGAUGGUGGUCUUGUUCUUUGAAAGAAUUGGUUGGCCUACAUCAUUGCCCACUAAUGAGAAAGAGGCGUUCGUCAAAAGUGUGCUGAAAGAAAAGCGGAAAGCAUUGGAUGAGUUUGUGAUGACACAAGAUUUGCCUUUACGCCAUGGGGUUGAAAUUUUCAUCGACGAUGCACUCAGUAGAAGUAUACCUGUGGUUAUCUUAACAGCCUACAGUAAGAACGGAGAGAAACUUGCCAGGUCUAUAGUUGAGAAGCUUGGCCCUGAUAGGAUUUCUAAGUUAAGGAUUGUAGGAAAGGAAGAAAUGGAAGGAAGCCUUUAUGGCCAGCUUGUUCUUGGUAAAGGACCAUCAUUUGGUUUGGAUGAUGAGCUAGCUAAAGAAGCGAGUAAAGCAGCUUCUGCACAGAAGCAAAAAAUCGCAGAAGAGGUUGCUUCCGCGCUUAAAAUUAGUGUUGAUCUUAAUACAAUGCCGACUGAAAGCUCUGAAAAGAUCGUGGCUACACUGCGUGCUGGGGCAGAGUAUGCUAGAGUUCCUGUACAGAAUUGUGUGCUUAUUGCUGGAGGCCAACUUGGUGUAUCUGGAUCUCAGUGCAUAGCUAUGCCAUGUAUCGUUCUGCGGAGCAGCUCGACAUCAAGAGCGGAAUUCCCUUCUGCAAGGGCCAUAAUGGAUGGAUUUGGCGGGGCAGAUCUCACCGUCUCCAAACUACUCAAACGUCGAUGGGACUCGAAGUGAAAUAAUCUCUCAUCGCAGCACGGGUCAUGAGUUUGUUUUUGCACGUGAUGAUUCCAUUUGUUCCCUUUUCAAAUUACUGUAUAAUACUAUAGAAUCACAAUACCAUAGAAGAAAUUUGGUAACCUGUCCAUGAUUGUUGGACAUGAAGCUGAAUACCAAGGUUAUGGGCCAAAGAAUUCGGCUCCGGGCUGAAUUGUAUGUAGUUAAGGUUUGGCUGUGUAACUGCAGUGUUAAUUCGGUGUAACUCAGUUUCUUCUUUUAUUAUAGUUAGGAACGCUGUCGGUUACCUGUCUGUUA